AGUAUGCAGUGAUACAAUGGGCGGGUUUCCUGAGUACCUGAGUUCAGCCCCUGACAGUUUAGGCUAAAUCGUUUCCUGAGCUGACACAUUAAAAAGCGAAAGUCAGAGAGCGAAACAACUGCACAUGGUGACUGAGACUGAGAGGAGAGCAGCGCAGAAACAUCUCAGCAUGAGCCAGUGGAAGCAGAUUCAGCAGCUGGAGAUCAGACUCCUGGAACAUGUGGACUACCUGUAUGAUGAUAACUUCCCCAUGGACAUCAGGCAGGGUCUGGCCAGCUGGAUCGAGUCUCAGGAUUGGGACACAGCAGCUAAUGAUGACUCAAUGGCAGCGGUGCUGUUCAACAACCUGCUGUCCCAGUUGGAGAGGGUACGCUCACGGGAGAUGAACUUCCUACAAAGACACAACAUGAAAAUCAUACAACAGCAGCUACAGGUGAAAUACACGUCCAGCCCUGCAGUCAUGGCACGAGUUAUAGCGACCUGCCUCAAGGAAGAGCGCCGGAUCCUCUCCAGCGCCUGCAUGCAAGAACAGGGUCCACUGGAGAAAUCAUUGCAGAAUUCUGUGGCCUUUGAGAGGCAGAAGAACAUGGACAGCAGAGUUGGGAUCAUCAGGGGCAGCGUGCAGUUGAUGGACCAGGCUGUGAAAUACAUCGAGGACAUGCAGGAUGACUUUGAUUUCUGCUACAAGACCCUACAGUCUCGAGAAUCGACAGAUAGGAACUCAGAGAUGAUGAAACAGGAAGUAACAAGGCUGCAGGAAAUGCUCAACAGGCUUGACUUUAAAAGGAAGGAGAUCCUAUCAAAGAUGGAUGUUGUGAUCAAAGAGAUUGACGACCUGAUGACCUCCCAGCUCAACCCUGAGCUGCAGGACUGGAAGCGCAGGCAGCAGAUCGCUGCCAUCGGUGGUCCGCUGCUCACCGGCCUGGACCAGCUGCAGAGCUGGUUUACUCUGAUAGCCCAGAGUCUAUUCCAGAUCAAACGUCAGCUGGACAAACUUGGGGAGCUGGUUGUGAAGGUCACCUACGAAAGUGACCCAAUCCCCCUGCAAAAACCUCAGAUGGAGGAGCGAGUCAAGUAUCUCAUCUAUCACCUCAUCAAGAGCUCAUUUGUGGUGGAGAAGCAGCCAUGCAUGCCCACACAUCCACAGAAACCCCUCAUCAUCAAGACCGGAGUACAAUUCACCACCAAAGUCAGACUCCUGGUUAAACUUCCUGAAGUGGAUUAUCAACUGAAAGUGAAAACAACAGUUGACAAGGACCUCCCCCCUGGCAGAGUAAGUCGUCAGUUUUUCAUCCUGACCAACAACACUAAAGUUAUGGACAUUGAGGACUACUCAAACGGCUGCCUCUCAGUUGAGUUUAGACACCUGCAGCUGAAAGAGAAGAAAUAUAUUAAUGGUACAAAGGGAAAUGAGGGUCUGCUCUCCGUGACAGAGGAACUUCACUCUCUCAGCUUCGAGGCUUGCUUCACAGUGCAGGGCCUCACCAUUGAUCUGGAGACGUGUUCUCUGCCACUGGUGGUCAUUUCCAACGUGAGCCAGCUGCCUGGAGGCUGGGCCUCCGUCAUGUGGUAUAACCUUCUGACUGAUGAGCCAAGGAACUUGGCGUUCUUUGGGAACCCACCUCGGGCCACCUGGAACCAGCUCUCGGAGGUUCUUAGCUGGCAGUUCUCUACCUUUGCUGGUCAAGGUCUCAACAAGGACCAGCUCACCAUGCUGGGAGAAAAGCUUCUCGGUCAGCAUUCCUCCUGUAGUGACUAUCAAGUAUCCUGGUCUAAGUUCUCCAAGGAGAAUAUUCCAGGAAAGCCUUUCAGUUUCUGGAUGUGGCUAGACUCCAUCCUGGAGCUGAUCAAGAGGCACUUGCUGCCAGUCUGGAAUGAGAACUAUAUUAUGGGCUUUGUGAGUAAAGAGAUGGAGCGCAUUCUGCUAAAGGACAGAGAACCAGGAACAUUCCUCCUACGCUUCAGUGAGAGCCACCUCGGAGGAAUCACUUUCACCUGGGUGGAGCACAGCGACAAUGGGGAAGUGAAGUUCAACUCGGUGGAGCCAUACACUAAAAACCGGCUCAGCGCUCUCCCAUUUGCCGACAUCAUCCGAGACUACAAAGUGAUCUCAGACGGGGUUGUCCCAGAGAACCCGCUCAAGUUCCUCUACCCCGACAUCCCCAAAGAUGAGGCCUUCGGACGGCUUUACAAUAGUCAGCCAAGCAAAGUUCAUCCAUACAUACCAUCUACCCUGAUUCCCAUCUCGGAACUGCGCUCAAAUGCAAGCAACACACCACAUUCUUGUCAGUCUCCUGAGCCACCAAUGACUCCUGGGGAGUUUGACAUGCUCAACGAGCACCUAUGCUUCGACAUUGACACCAUGAGCUCUCCAUAUUCAGAGUAAAGAGAGAUGAAGGAUUCAAAGGAUUUUGCCAAAAGCUUCCUUGAAUCAUUCACAACCAUUUUCAUACUGGUGAAUGUACUGUACUCAUGAAAAAAGGGUCUGCUGUGUUUAGAGGUUUUUGUGGGCUGAGCUGUUGUUUAUUGUUGUUGUUUUUUAUAUAUUCAUAAUUGUUCUAAUUAGGCAGUCUCUUUUUAUUGUUGACUUUGGUAAUAUUUUAACUAUUGGCUGAUUUUCUAUGACGGCUGUAUUGUAUAUAAAACCAUUUAAACAUUGUACCAUAUUGACAUUAGCUUGCGUCAGUCUCUUUUGCCUAAUUUCUACAGUUGAAGUUGCAUGGUGGUUACACAAUGCUUUGAUUUAACCUGUGGUGCCAACCAAUACAGAUGCAUCUCAGAAAACUCGAACAACAUGAAAUAAAGUUUCCCUGUAUUUUAAGUCCAA